AUGCUUCGAUCGGUACCAGCUCGACGCGCCGCUUCCGGCCUGGCGAACUCACGGCUUACCGUUAGGCCGAGGACAUGCGCGAAGAGCCUCUCCACAUGCUCGACCCGAUCUUCUUCCCCCGCAGUUAUUUACCCCGCGACGUCCUCCAAGUCAACACAGUUCGCCAGUCCUUUCUCCCUCCAGAGAAGCCUGCACACCACCGCUCCCAGAAUGGCCAACACCCGCACCGAGAGCGACGCCUUUGGCGAGAUCCAGGUCCCCGCGGACAAGUACUGGGGCGCCCAGACUGAACGUUCUCUUGAGAACUUCAAGAUCAACCAGCCCCAGGACCGCAUGCCUCCCCCCAUUGUCAAGGCCUUCGGUAUCCUGAAGGGCGCUGCUGCCACCGUCAACAUGCGCUUCGGCCUCGACGAGAAGAUCGGCAAGGCCAUCCAGCAGGCUGCUGCCGAGGUCGCCGAGGGCAAGCUGCUCGACCACUUCCCCCUCGUCGUCUGGCAGACCGGCUCCGGCACCCAGUCCAACAUGAACGCCAACGAGGUCAUCUCCAACCGUGCCAUUGAGAUUCUCGGCGGCACCAUGGGCUCCAAGAAGCCCGUCCACCCCAACGACCACGUCAACCGCUCCGCCUCCUCCAACGACACUUUCCCCACCGUCAUGCACAUCGCCGCUGUCCUCGAGAUUGAGGGUGAGCUUAUCCCCGCUCUCAAGAGCCUGCGUGAUGCUCUGCAGAAGAAGGUCGACGAUUUCGAGGCCAAGAACAUCAUCAAGAUUGGCCGCACUCACUUGCAGGACGCCACCCCCUUGACUCUCGCCCAGGAGUUCUCCGGCUACGUCGCCCAGCUCGAUGCUGGCAUCAAGCGCGUCGAGUCUUCCCUGCCUGACCUGCGCCUGCUCGCUCAGGGUGGUACUGCCGUCGGUACCGGUAUCAACACUUUCGAGGGCUUCGCCGAGGCCAUCGCCGAGGAGGUCACCAAGAUGACUGGUACCGAGUUCAAGACCGCCCCCAACAAGUUCGAGGCCCUUGCCGCCCACGACGCCAUCGUCCAGGCCCACGGCUCCCUCAACACCGUCGCCGGCUCCCUGUCCAAGAUCGCUCAGGACAUCCGCUACCUCGGCAGCGGUCCCCGUUGCGGUCUCGGCGAGCUCGUCCUGCCCGAGAACGAGCCCGGUUCCUCCAUCAUGCCCGGAAAGGUCAACCCUACCCAGUGCGAGGCCCUCACCAUGGUCUGCGCCCAGGUCAUGGGUAACCACGUCGCUACCACCAUCGGUGGCAUGAACGGCCAGUUCGAGCUCAACGUCUACAAGCCCUUGGUCAUCCGCAACCUGCUCCACAGUGUCCGCAUCCUCUCCGACGGCAUGCGCUCUUUCGAGAAGAACCUGGUCGUCGGUCUCCAGGCCAACGAGGAGAAGAUUGCCAGCAUCAUGAAGGAGUCCCUCAUGCUUGUCACCACCCUCAACCCCAAGAUCGGUUACGACAUGGCUAGCAAGGUCGCCAAGAACGCCCACAAGAAGGGUCUCACCCUCAAGGAGAGCGCUCUCGAGCUCCAGGCCCUCAGCGAGGAGGACUUUGACAAGCUCGUCCGCCCCGAGCUCAUGAUCGGCCCCAAGCCCUACAAGCCUUAA